ACCAGCCCCUCCCCCAAUUAAUAGUCGAUUACCGACCGCAAUAAGUGAGAUAGAGAGACUUUCCAAGGGCCAGGGCUCAGCCACUCAUGAUCAUGAAGGGAAGCAGGAGUGCAGUGAUGAUCCUACUCAUUGCUGAGGUCUUCCAGUGCCAAUUCUGUUUGACACAAUCCCAGGCUUCUAAGCGCCCUGUGAUUAUCGACACUGAUAUUGGAUCAUUCAUUGACGACUCUUUUGCCAUUGUGUAUGCUGCUCAAAGCGAGGAGCUGGACAUCAAGCUGAUAGUAACAUGUACUCAAGACACCACAGCUCGAGCAAAGGUGAUUGCCAAAUUAAUGAAGCUCCUAGGCCGAGAUGACGUCCCAAUUGGCAUUGGGAUCAAAAACAGCAACAACACACACCAGAGUUUGAUUGGCUGGGGGGCUGAGGAGGAUCUCUCCACUUACAAGGGAGGGGUGUUUCCAGACGGAGUGUCCAAGAUGGCUGAAGUCAUAAAGAGUAGUGGAGAAAUUGUUGAAAUCAUCGCCAUUGGUCCCAUGACUAAUUUCCCAUCUCUGAUUCAGCGCUACCCUGAGGUCGUGCCCAGAGCAAGAAUAAAGGCGAUGGCUGGCUCAAUUUACAUAGGGUAUAAUGGUUCAAAGCCACCCUCUGUUGAGUACAACAUAUUUAUGUGUCCGUGGUGCAUGCAAGUCCUCCUGGCUGCUAACUGGAACAAAAUUACUCUUACUCCGCUAGACACAUGCUGGAAUGUAGCUCUUGAUGGUGGCCAGAUCAAGCAAAUGCUACUGGGAGACAGCAAAGCAGCUACUGCACUUGCUUCCACACUGACCUAUUUCUGCCUUGUAGAGAACUGUAAUCUCAAAGAUGAGACCCCAAUACUUUUCGAUGUAACAGGCACGUUGAUAAGUAUGCCUGAAGUUGGGAUGCAGUACAUGAACUAUACCACAUUAAACUUAACUGUGAAUAGUGCUGGCUACACAGUGAUAGACGACACCAAGGGAAAGGAAAUAUUUGUGUACGUCACCUGGAAGCAGAGUGGAGAGAGGCAGUUCACAGACAUGAUUGCUAAGCUGUACAGUACCAGUGUAGAUCUAUAGUGGUUGGAGAACUUUCAGUGAACACUUUUUUGUUGUAGAAAUGUACAUCUUGUGUAUAUUCAUUCCUUUAUGA